AAAACACAUUCGAAAUUGAGUUGUUCGCGCGAUGACAAACCUGAAAUCAGUUUGAGACGAGACGUUGUUUGAAAAACGUUAAAAAUUUGUACGGACGCUGUGUGUCCGAUUUACCACAAUAACAGACGUUAAAGUGUUGAGCAAAGACGUAAAUUUUGAGUAAUUAAAAACUAAGUUUUCGUAAAGAAAAACACAGGUGCGCAUUAGGUGUUAAAGUUUAGCAUAAAAGUGAAUACCAGACCAAAAAUAUGUCCUCCAGAUCGGCGUCGCCGCUAAGCAACGUGACGGUGGAUGACGAGAUAAGCAUAAAAGAACACGAUUUCGCCCCAGAGUACCUGGUCAUCAAAGAGGAACGCGAGAGCAGCAUAUCGCCCAUAUUGACGCCGCCGCAUACGCCGACGGAAGAACACACGCGUGGCCGUAGCCACCAGCAGUCGCACGUUAGCAGCAAUCCACUCUACGAUAUGGAGCAACAACAAAUGCAACAACAACUUCUUCUCCACCAGCAACAGCAGCAGCAGCCACACAUGGCGCUGUUGCCGACGCCGCCACAAGCACAGCGCCGCCCGUACACGUCCGCGCUACUAGAGGCACAGCAUUUGCAGCAACAGCAAGCAGUGCAACAACAUCACCAGCAGCAACAGCAUCGCUUGUGGUUGCACAUGCAACAGCAACAGCAACAACAACAGCAGCAGCAGCAGCAACAAGCCGCGGCCGCUUACGCUUACGGUCAUGCCACGCAAUUUCUACCCGGCGCCACAGUGGCCGCCGACGCGGUGCAGCAACAUCAGGCGCUACUCAUGAAUCAAUGGCUACGCAGUGCCGCGCUCUAUCAUCACAGCCAUCAGCAUCCACACGCGCCACCCCACCCACACGCGGUGCCGCCCGGCGCUGGAGCGCAUUAUAUGCGUCCCCAUCCUGCGCUACAUCCACUGCAUCCCGCCGCACGCCUUGGCUUGCCAGCGGCCAUGAAGUUAGCCGGCGGUGCGCCCGUUGCGGGUAGCAGACCAAAGAAGCAAUUCAUUUGCAAGUAUUGCAAUCGCCACUUCACCAAGUCAUACAACCUGCUCAUCCACGAACGUACGCACACCGACGAGCGACCCUACUCGUGCGACAUCUGCGGCAAGGCGUUCCGUCGGCAGGAUCACUUACGCGAUCAUCGCUACAUACACUCCAAGGAGAAGCCGUUCAAGUGCAGCGAUUGCGGCAAGGGCUUCUGUCAGUCGCGUACACUCGCCGUACACAAGGUGACUCAUCUGGAGGAGGCGCCACACAAAUGUCCCAUUUGCCAGCGUAGCUUCAAUCAGCGCGCCAAUUUGCGCAGUCACCUGCACAGCCACACCGAAGCGCAAUUGGCGGCGAUCAAAAACAACAGCGGCGGCGCCAAGUGCAAUGAGCUGACAAUGCCCGGAACGCUGGGUACACCAACCAAAUCGCCAACCAGCUCAGCAUCCAGCACACCAACAACACCCAUACUCGACCUAUCGGCGUCGAGCGUGCAAACGAAUAGAGGCGGUGGCGGCGGUGAGCGUCCAAAACGCGCGCUAGGUUUCAGCAUUGCUGAGAUCAUGAGCAGGUAGACGACGCUCGUUAGCACAGACGCAGGCGUAGACGCAAAAAGUCGUUGGUGCAAGUUGGCAGAGCGCGACAGCAGCGAUUGUGAAAAAAUCGCAACUAAUGCUUCACGUUCUCAAAUGUUCGCUGCAGUGCAGGAUGGCAGUUGGCUGCUUGCUACAGUUUGUGGCAACGAAACACAUUUAGGCGCGGUUGGCCCCAACUGUCGGCUGGACGCGCAGUGGCGACAAAAUGCUGCAAGGCAGCUAUGCUUCUGGAUUACCGAUCCGCUUCAGGCAGUCGGGCAUUCAAAGUUCAAAACAAGAGUUCCCAGUUAUGACCCAUAAAGAGGCUGUUGUCCCAAGGAUGGCGACAAAUAAACACACACACGCAUACACAAACUUAGUUGAAGUCAUUAUUAGCGUUAGUUAAAUGCAUAGAGAAUCGCACACACACACACAUAUGCAUAUAUAUAUUUAGAUUUAAGCCAAUGCAUAGACACACAAAUACAUAGAUUUUUUUAACUUUUAAACAAAAAUAAAAAAUGCCAAAGCAGAAGUAUUUAUGGAAAAGGCCGUUUGUGCGCGUUUCACUUAAUUUACGAUCGUCUUCGACACAACUGAUCGUCGAUAGCGAAAAAGACAUACAACAAAGCACACUUGCAAAUGCACACACACACACAUAUAUACAUAGAUAUAUUUAUCGAGCGCGUAUGUACGUAGGCCCGAUUUGUGUACAAGUUUUUUUUAUUGUAAUUUGUAGAUAUGUAAUAUUUUAUACAUACAAACAUAUGAUAAUUUAGCAAAUUUUGUUGUUUCUCCGCUCUUUGCUGUACCUAAUAGUUGUAGGCUGUAGGCUGUAGUUAUAAAAAUCGCCGAAUUAUCGGCUUCGUAGA